AUGACCCUGCCACAGGUCUCUGCCCUGCCACCUGCUCUACCUGGCCAAUCCUUUUCUACAAGUCGUUUAGUUCACCCUGACUUGUAUGACUUUGCUGAAAUACCUCUUCUUGGCAAGGCCUUCGACACCUCCCUCCUGGGUCGCCUGAGCGCAGCGUCCUUCCAGACCCUCGAUUUCAAGACCCAGCCCCUCGCGUCCCUGCCCCGCUUGCGGGUAAGCAGCCAGCUGCACGACCCUCCCCGGUACCUGGCGAGCCCGGAGCCCCGGUCCGCACCGCAAGCCAGCGCCUGCCACUCAGAGCUGAUCUGCGGUCCUUCAGUGCCCGCCUCCGAGGGCAGCUUCCGGGGGCGUCACUUCCGGAGCAGGAGCCAAUCAGCGUGGAGAUCUCGGCGCGGGCUGCGGGACCCUCUUCCGGUGGCAGGUGCUGGGGCAGGGGCGGCGGGAGCCAUGUCUGGCCGUGAGGGUGGCAAGAAGAAGCCCCUGAAGCAGCCCAAGAAGCAGGCCAAGGAGAUGGACGAGGAAGACAAGGCGUUCAAGCAGAAACAGAAGGAGGAGCAGAAGAAGCUCGAGGAGCUGAAGGCGAAGGCCGCGGGGAAGGGCCCCCUGGCCACAGGAGGAAUUAAGAAAUCUGGCAAGAAGUAAGCAGCUCCUUAUGCCUGACGCAGUGGUGAUUCUUGCUUCCAUCUUGUUUUUAAACACUUGGAUUCCCUCCCGUAACAUCAGCUGCCACGAAGAGUAAGAAUGAAAUUCCUUGGAACCUGUUGUAAAUUAAAAGAAAAACUUGUUAAAAAAAAAAAAAAAAAGAUAAACAGCAGUUCAUCUUCAGUUCUUGUCACUCAGCUCCUGCCUCUGUCCUCAAGUCAGGAUAAGCCCUGUCCAGAGUCCUGCGAGGUGUACACUCUUCAUCUGUGUUCCAUGCCAUACUCUGUAGCACCUGCAAAUUAAACCAACUCAUUGGAAAUGGCUAUUGA